GCCGCGCCGCGCCGCGCCCGGGACAUGCGGCCGCCCCCGCCGCCGAGGAGGCGAUGAGGCUCCGCAGCGGCACGGCGCUCACGCUGCUGCUCGGCUGCCUCUGCGCCCUGCUCUCGCUCUCCUGGUACGGCGCCUUCGGUGGGCACAAAGGUGACGUUGUGGAUAUCUAUCAGCGGGAGUUCCUGGCGCUCAGAGACCGCCUGCACGCCGCUGAGCAGGAGAGCCUCAAGCGCUCGAAGGAGCUCAACCUGGUCCUGGAGGAGAUCAAGAGAGCCAUCUCCGAGAAGCAGGCCCUGCGGGAUAUAAACCGGACCUGGAGCAGCUUAUCUGACGAAACCAAGUUAAAAUUGUGGAAUAUCACCAACAAGAAUGUGCUGCACCUUCCCACCAUCUUCCAUCAUUUGCCACAUUUGCUGUCAAAGGAGAACAGUCUGCAGCCAGCCGUGCAUGUAGGACAGGGGCGCACUGGAGUGUCCGUCGUGAUGGGAAUCCCCAGCGUGAAGCGGGAGGUGCAUUCCUACCUUACAGAUACCCUCAACUCCCUCAUCUCAGAGCUCACGCAGCAGGAGAAGGAGGACUCCGUCAUCGUCGUCCUCAUCGCUGAGACAGAUGCCCAGUACACAACUGGAGUGGCAGAAAAUAUCAAAAACUUAUUCCCAAGGGAAAUCCACUCAGGUCUCCUGGAGGUAAUUUCCCCGUCUCCGCAUUUCUACCCCGAUUUCUCCCACCUGCGGGAAUCCUUUGGGGACCCCAAAGAAAGAGUCAGGUGGAGGACUAAGCAGAACCUGGACUACUGCUUUCUGAUGAUGUACGCCCAGUCCAAAGGCAUUUACUACGUGCAGCUGGAGGAUGAUAUCGUGGCCAAACCAAACUAUCUGAGUACAAUGAAGAACUUUGCCCUUCAGCAGCCGUCUGAGGAGUGGAUGAUCCUGGAGUUUUCUCAGCUCGGGUUUAUUGGAAAGAUGUUCAAGUCGCUGGAUCUCAGCUUGAUUGUGGAGUUCAUCCUGAUGUUCUAUAAGGACAAGCCCAUUGACUGGCUUCUGGAUCACAUCCUUUGGGUGAAAGUCUGCAACCCUGAGAAAGACGCAAAGCACUGCGACAGGCAGAAGGCAAACCUGAGGAUCCGGUUCAAACCCUCGCUCUUCCAGCAUGUGGGAACCCACUCCUCCUUGGCUGGGAAGAUACAGAAGCUGAAAGACAAAGACUUUGGAAAGCAGGCGCUGCGGAAAGAGCAUGUCAACCCUCCUGCAGAGGUGAGCACCAGCCUGAAAACCUACCAGCACUUCACCCUGGAGAAGGCUUACCUGCGAGAGGACUUCUUCUGGGCCUUCACUCCCACUGCAGGAGAUUUCAUCAGAUUCAGAUUCUUCAAACCACUCCGUGUCGAAAGGUUCUUCUUCCGCAGCGGGAACAUCGAGCACCCAGAAGAUAAACUCUUCAACACAACUGUGGAGGUUUUGCCGUUUGACAGCCUCCAGUCAGAUAAGGAAGCCUUGCAGGAGGGACGAGGCACUGCCUUCAAAUACCGCAGGACGUCAGAUGGCUACAUACAGAUAGGCUCCUUCUCCAAGGGCGUUGCGGAGGGAGAAGUUGACCCCUCGUUUGGGCCCUUGGAGGCCAUCAGGCUGGCCAUCCAGACGGACUCCCCGGUGUGGAUCAUCCUGAGCGAGAUUUUUAUCAAAAAAGCGGAGUGAAAGGGCCAUGACGAAGAGUGGACCCGUGUAGCUCCCUGGUCCUUCUCCUGCCCCUGCCCUUGUCCUGCUCCCCCAGAGCCUGCCGCAGCCGGGGCUCGGCCGCGGGAGCGCAGCGCCUUGCCGCCUGCUCCCAGCCAAGCCGGGGGGGAACCGCGGUCCCGGCGCAGCACAGCAGCAGCAGGAGACCGGCACCGACGCACGGGUGCUGCACCAGCCUGGCAGCCAGGCCAGUGCUGGCGGCGCAACCGGCUGCAGCUGCUGGGGCCGGACAGACCUUCCUCUGGAAGAACAGCAGAAGAAAAGAAAAGAAAAAAAAAAAAUAUAUAUAUAAUAUAUAUAAACCAACCAAACCCUCCUCCCCCCCCAAAAAAAAUGGUGCAAAGGUUUGGUUUUGCUCCCCUAGGCAAAGCCUAGACUCUCCCUAAUCCCCGCACGGGGGUAUUGCAGGGCGCUUUGGCGCUGGGAUGAGCUUCCGCAAGCACGGAGCCCGGCAGCACCUUCGGCAGCUGCCGGGGGCUGGCGAGGGGCCUGGUAAAGCUCGGUGCUGCAGCCUGACCCGGCUUCGCAGGCUCCCGCGGCGGGGAAGGUGCACGGGGGGAGGAAAGGGCCGGAGACGGGCGCCUGCACUGCCACAGACGAAGCGAGGGGAAAGGCUGACGCUCCUGCGGGCAGAGGAGCAGCGAGGCCGAAAGCCGGGGCGGGGGGGGGUGGCGCUAUGACUAUGGCAGGGAAAAAGAUGAAAAAUAAAAUAAAAAGCCACACUGUGCCUGCCAGCAUUGAACACAGCCCCUUAACUCAUGGUGAAGUCUCCAGUGUCUUCAUGCCUUGAGACCGAGUGCAGAAUCCAUCUUUUUAAAUAACUAUUUCAGUUAUUGAUUGGUGUGAACUUUUGGAAAAAAAAGACAAAAAAAAAAAAAAAAAAAAAAAGGAAAAAGUAGUCCAGUUUGAAAAUAGUAGGGAUUAGUGUAAUAUUUCAGAACAACUUUCUGAAAUCCCGAUGUCUCUUCAGCUAUACACUGGAAUGCAUUAUACUACUUUAACGUGCUGUAUUUUUUAUUAUUGGAUACAUUUGAUUUUUUUUUCAAGUACAUCUCUCUAUAUAAAUAUAUAAAGCAACGUGCACUGUAAUAAAAGCUAAGUUGAAACCUU